GGAGGAAAUGGAUGAGGCGUGUUUCAGCCCUGCAAGGCCUGGCUGUCUGGCUCUGACCAGCAGGCCUCCACCCUCCCACCCUCCCACCCUCCCAACCUCCCACCCUCCCAACCUCCACCCUCCCAGCCUCCUGUCAUCCUGGGGUCAGUAUUACUUCUCCCUGGGUUCUGAUCAGCCCCCACCUCCACCCUCCAGCCCCCACCUCCACCCUCCAGCCCCCACCUCCACUUCUACCCUCCAGCCCCCACCUCCACCUCUACCCUCCAGCCCCCACCUCCACCUCUACCCUCCAGCCCCCACCUCCAUCCCCCACCUCCACCUCUACCCUCCAGCCCCCACCUCCACCUCUACCCUCCAGCCCCAGUACCCACCACCCCACCUCUAUCCUCCAGCCCCCACCUCCAGCCCCCACCUCCAGCCCCAGCACCCCCCUCCAGCCCCCACCUCCAGCCCCGGCACCCCCCUCCAGCCCCCACCUCCAGCCCCAGCACCCCCCUCCAGCCCCCACCUCCAGCCCCGGCACCCCCCUCCAGCCCCCACCCCCACCCCCACCCUCCAGCCCCCACCUCCACCCUCCAGCCCCCACCUCCACUUCUACCCUCCAGCCCCCACCUCCACCUCUACCCUCCAGCCCCAGUACCCACCACCCCACCUCUAUCCUCCAGCCCCCACCUCCAGCCCCCACCUCCAGCCCCAGCACCCCCCUCCAGCCCCCACCUCCAGCCCCGGCACCCCCCUCCAUCCCCCACCCCCACCCUCCAGCCCCCACCUCUACCCUCCAGCCCCCACCUCCACCUCUACCCUCCAGCCCCCACCUCCACCUCUACCCUCCAGCCCCCACCCCACCUCUAUCCUCCAGCCCCCACCUCCACUUCUACCCUCCAGCCCCCACCUCCACCUCUACCCUCCAGCCCCCACCUCCACCUCUACCCUCCAGCCCCAGUACCCACCACCCCACCUCUAUCCUCCAGCCCCCACCUCCAGCCCCCACCUCCAGCCCCCACCUCCAGCCCCAGCACCCCCCUCCAGCCCCCACCUCCAGCCCCAGCACCCCCCUCCAGCCCCCACCUCCAGCCCCGGCACCCCCCUCCAGCCCCCACCCUCCAGCCCCCACCUCUACCCUCCAGCCCCCACCUCCACCCUCCAGCCCCCACCUCUACCGUCCAGCCCCCAGCAACACCUCACCCCAGGGUAACCUGGAGAUGGUCACAGGUUUGGAAUGCUUCUGUGCCUCCCUGAAGUGUUGAUGAGCCUGAAUAUGAAAAUGGCAGGUGUUUAGCUGUCUGUGUGUUUGGAGAGAGGGGGAGACAGCGGGACGGGGGGGGGGAGGGAGAGUGUGAGAGAGACAGAGAGACUGCAGACAGUUCAAGUUGUAUGUGGACAUUAGUUGUGUGUGAGAGUAUUUCACACACAGCAGACCACAGGGGUAUGUUUGUAUGAAUGUACUCCAUGGAAGACAGGAUUGCAGGGGAAGAUGCUUUGAUGGUGGUUUUCCACCAGUAUCUUUCUUAUACUGGAUGAAAGUGCAAUAGUUUAUUCUUCUACAACUCCCUGUCCAACACCCCUUGUGCAGUAACGACAUUCCUGUCCCUUUAAUUCAUAUUUUUAUAAAUAAUGACUGUGUUUGUUUCAAUUAUAUUUAAAGAGAGUGGAUGGGGGAACUAACAGGUGUAAGUGUAAGUUGUACAUACAGGUUAAGCGGUUAAAAGGUUUAAUAAUUUAAUUUAUUGCAGAUGUCAGGGACACAUUUUGUUUCUUACCCAGAUGUGAAAGUGCCAAUGCUGAAGGAAUGACUGAGGUCAUUGUGGCCAAAAUGUGGGCCUUCGCUAUUUCUAUUUCUAAAGAAUCUCAGGCUUGGAGAGUGAAAAGGCACUUUUAAAUAGUCUGUAACUGUGGUGUUGAGUAAUUGGUUACCCCUAAUGUAUUUCAUUUCAAAUACCUGUCAUUUUAAAGUGACUUGAUU